GCAAUGAACGCGAGCGCCUCUUCGCUCAACGAGUCCCAGGUAGUGGCAGUGGCGGUUGAGGGAGCGGCGGCGGCUGUGGCCACGGCGGCAGGAGCGCCGGACAGCGGGGACUGGGGGCAGCCCGCGGCAGCAGCGGCACUGGGAGGCGGGGGCGUGGCUAACGGGUCGCUGGAGCUGUCUUCGCAGAUGUCCGCGGGAUCGCCUGGGCUGCCCCUGUCGUCGGUGAACCCAUGGGAUGUGUUGCUGUGCGUGUCGGGGACGGUGAUUGCAGGAGAAAAUGCGCUGGUAGUGGCGCUCAUCGCGUCCUCCCCGGCGCUGCGCACGCCCAUGUUUGUGCUGGUGGGCAGCUUGGCCACCGCCGACCUGCUGGCCGGCUGCGGACUCAUCCUGCACUUCGUGUUCCAGUACGUGGUGCCCUCGGAGACGGUGAGCCUGCUCACAGUGGGCUUCCUCGUGUCCUCCUUUGCUGCCUCGGUCAGUAGCCUGCUGGCCAUAACCGUGGACCGCUACCUGUCCCUCUACAACGCGCUCACCUACUACUCGCGGCGGACCCUGUUGGGCGUGCACCUUCUGCUCGCCGUCACCUGGACCGUCUCCCUAGGCCUCGGGCUGCUGCCAGUGCUCGGCUGGAACUGCCUAGCAGAGCGUGCCACCUGUAGCGUGGUGAGCCCUCUGACGCGCAGCCACGUGGCGCUGCUCUCCGCGACCUUCUUUGCCGUCUUCGGCAUCAUGUUGCACCUGUACGUGCGCAUCUGCCAGGUGGUCUGGCGCCACGCACACCAGAUAGCCCUGCAGCAGCACUGCCUGGCGCCACCCCACCUGGCCGCCACCAGAAAGGGCGUGGGUACGCUGGCCGUGGUGCUGGGUACUUUCGGCCUCAGCUGGCUGCCCUUCGCCAUAUACUGCGUGGUGGGCAGCCGCGAGGACCCGGCUGUCUACACCUACGCCACUCUGCUGCCCGCCACCUACAACUCCAUGAUCAAUCCUAUCAUCUAUGCCUUCCGCAACCAGGAGAUCCAGCGUGCCUUGUGGCUCCUGUUCUGUGGCUGUUUCCAGUCCAAAGUGCCCUUCCGCUCCAGGUCUCCCAGUGAGGUCUGA